AUGGUCGCCACUAGAAGACGCACGGAGCCAGCCCAAGUGUCACCACCAGCUGCGAAAAAAGUGCUACCUAUAAAAAGACCUGUGACAAAGGAGACGAAAGAGGUCGAUAAAGAGGGAUCUGUCAAAGAGCAGAAGAAGGUGAAGUCAGAAAAACGACCAAAGAAGGAUGCGGAGGUGAAGAAGAGCGUCGAAGAAACUGAGCAAGAUGAGGGAUCACGAAAACGAAUACUCCCUUCUCGAAAAGAGGCGGUUGACGUUGAGAAAAAGUCGCUGAGUAGGCGAAGUCUACCGCCACUUGUGGCACCUGUCGAAGAAAAGAAGUCACGAAUUGAACAAAAGACCCCGGUGGUGCGCAAAAAGGCAGGAAAACGGAAGUUAGUGACACCCGACUCCAACGGGGUUGAGAAAGGUGCCGAUACGGCUGAUUUCCCCAUGGGUAAGCGAAGUCUGCCACCACUUGUGGCACCUGUCGAAGAAAAGAAGUCACGAAUUGAACAAAAGACCCCGGUGGUGCGCAAAAAGGCAGGAAAACGGAAGUUAGUGACACCCGACUCCAACGGGGUUGAGAAAGGCGCCGAUACGGCUGAUUCCCCCAUUAAGUCAUUGAAAGCUACAAAAUUCAAAUCGGAGCAAGGCUCGUUCCAGAAGGAAGGCGACAUGGCAGAAGAGAUGAAGCAGAAUGGGAACUCAGAUAGGUCUCCUGUAGAAAGCAAGUUGGAAGAAGAAAUGAAGCAGACGGCGAAGGAGAAACCGAAGCACGAGCAGGACGAAGAUGAUUGGGAGCAGUUUGGAAAUUCUAGCGGCGACGAAGAUGAGCCGGACAGGUCCAAACUGAAGAAAAAGGAAGCUAAGAAAAAGGUCAAAUCCUCUAAAGCUGCGUCUAAGCCAUCCAAUGAAGACGAGGAUGGGGAAGAGUCGUCGAGCUCGUCGGCUGCGUCUGACAGUGAAAGCGAAAGCCUUGCAUCGGCAGUAGCUUCUUCAGGAGAGGAGCCAGACACUGAAACUGAAACAGAAGCCUCUUCAGCAGUUGAGGAUCCAGAUGAUAGCGACGCGAGCUUCUCCCCAUCCAAAGCAACGUCAAAGCAAACGAAACGGCGUAGUGGGGAGAAGGGCGGACCCAGCAGUCGACCGCAAGGCGGAAGUUCAAAAUCACAAGGGAAGUCGCGGGUUUCGUCCACAAGUAAAUCAACAAAAUCUCGUGAAAGCGCUGCCUCUAAAGCGUCAGUGAAAAUCCCACCUUCGCGCCCGACGUCCUCCAAACCUCUGAGACCUUGGCAGAAGGUGAACGAACAACCAGUUGUGGAAGGUGAUAUCGUUGUACCUGUAAGAACGCUGAGGCGUGGAGAGAGAAAGAUGGCGAAGUUCAGGGUCUUAGCAGCAGCAUUGGCUGUUGGAAAGAAUGUCGAAAUGACACAGGAAGAAGCCAGUCGAAUUGUUUCCGGGAUGAAAGCCAAGUGCGUUACAAAAGAUGAUCAUAUAUUGCCUUCAGCAACCUCAGCAAAUGCGGAGAAUACGGAUAAUGACGCAUCAUCUUCUGAAGACGAGUGGGAGGAGAUGGUGCCUGUUGAGACUGAAGAAACGAAGGGCAAGCAUGUGCAAGUUACGCUCAAGAAAGCUGAAGAAAAGGACUGGUGGGGGCUGUAUCUCAAGCAAGAAGUAAACAAAUGCGUAAGGGAUAACUGGGAAAACUGCCACAAAGUCAAUAUCCUAUGCUAUAUCGGUCAUCUACAGUAUUUGAGAAAAGUUAUACUGGAGGAGAGUCUCAUUCCAUCAUUGAUGCUGACCAUGAUGCCGUCCGGAUACCAGGCUUUAGUAGGCAAGCCUAUGACGCUUGAAAACGCUCGAAAGAUGAUCAAGUAUUUUCACAGCUCCUUCAAGGCAUCUGGGGCUCCCAUUACUUUCGAACCAGGUCUGUGCCGCUUCGAUGCAACCGCACGCUACUCAGAAAUGGUCUCACGGCAGGAAUUCGAAACCGACGCUGAUCGUGCUGUUCUCCUUUUCGCCCUCUUCGUUUCUAUGGAAUGCAUUGCGCGCAUCUGCGUAAACACGCAAACAAUACCAAGGAAAUGGGAUGCGAAAGUGCUCAAAGAUGUUGCGAAGAUGAAGGCAAACUCCGAUGUUACGAAGAUGAAUGUAAGCUCCGGCUCAUCUGCCGACUCAUCGAAAGAGAAAACAAAAAGCAAGGGCACUCCAAAGAAGAAGACGGAUGGAGCCGAUCACAAGGGGAAGAUUCGCAAUUACUGGGUUGAGUACUGGGACAGGAAGCAGAAUAAAUGGAUAUGUGUGGAUCCGCUUCGAGUGACCGUUGACGACCCAAAUUCAAUUGAGGAGAAUCUGUCGAAACCUGUCGUUUAUGUUCUGGCUAUUGAUAGCGAGGGUGGCGUACGUGAAGUAACCGCUCGAUAUGCAGCAGACUUCUCGCAUCCGAACUUCCGUCGAAACAGAACUGAUCAAAGUUGGCUGGCAAGAACACUCAGAAAGAAAAUGAUUCGAGCAGAACCGAAGAGAGCCCAGCUUGAAGAUGUUCAGCUUCGGCAAGAGCUUGUUAACAAACCUCUACCAGCCACCUUGUCUGAGUAUAAGAACCACCCUUUAUAUGUUCUGGAGAAGGAUCUUCUGAAGUUCGAAGGUCUUUAUCCGAGAGCGGAAGAUCAAAAGCCUUUGGGAGAGGUUCGAGGUCAUAAGGUAUACCCUCGGUCCACAGUAUAUACAUUGCAAAGUGCAACAAACUGGAUAAAGAUGGCCAGGAGCGUGAAGGAAGGGGAGAAAGCAUACAAAGUGGUGAAAGCUCGGCCAAAUUUGCGUGUUCCGGCUGAAGAGCGUGAGCAAAAAUAUUUGGACGUCUUUGGGUAUUGGCAGACUGAACCAUUCCGACGACCAAAAGGCAAGAUUCCACGAAACGAUUUCGGCAAUGUAUACAUGUAUGUGCCAUCUAUGUGUCCAGUUGGAACUGUUCAUCUGCGUCUCCCCGGUCUUGUAUCUAUUGCUCGACGUUUGGGAGGUCUGGAAUGUGUUCCAGCACUUGUCGGAUGGGAAUUUAAUUCAUGCACGAAUUUCCCUAUAAUUGAAGGGGCUGUUGUGCUUGAAGAAGAUGUCGACAAAUUCAUUACAGAAUACAAACGAAUCGAAGCGACCAGAGAAGAACGUGAAAACAAACGUCGAGAAGAACGUGUGUUUGGAAACUGGCGUAAACUCAUCCGUGGAAUACUUCGACUUCAUUACGUCCAGUCAAAGUUUUUGGCAACAAAGCCCAAGGCAAAGGGAAGGAAGAAGAAAGAAGUGAAAGAGGAAACUGAAGAGCAGAAUGGCGUCAUCGACAGAACUGUUAUGGCAGAGCGUCAAGUCUUUACCCAUGAUGACCUAAUGAAUCUGAAACGUUAG